AUGAGCGACCAAGCCAAUCACGUAUCCAGUCACUGGGUGAAAAAAUUGCACGCACAUGUCGCUCGUGUUAACACGAAUCACAACGAGGGCCGAGCAGAGAAGGCAAGAAAUGGAGAGAUUCUCUCUGGACAAAAGCCACAAAGCACCUUUCGCGUUCGAGACAACGACAUGGAGAGAAUUAAGAAGCGUCGUCAUGACGCAAAGCGCGACCGCAAGGUCCGAUUCGAAGGGGUUCCGGAAAAGGGAUCUGUCGACGGCUCUUUACCCUGUCAGUCUGAUGAUUUUCAUUCUUCGGCUAAUCGGGAGAUGGAGAAGAUGAAGCAAAUGCUGGAGAAUAUGCAGUGA